AUGACGGUGGUGAGCCAGAGGGAGCGGCAGGAGGCCCUGCAGGCCAUGGACCUCGUGAAGGUGGCCCGCUCCUACGUGGACAAGAUGCUGGACGAGGUGCCCGGCUACAAGGCGCUGCUGGUGGACAGGGACACGGUGCGCAUGCUGAGCACCGUGUACUCGCAGACGGAGCUGGGCGGCCAGAGCGUGUUCUGCACGGAGCGGAUAGACAGCAACGACAGGAGGGAGCACAUGGAGUUGAAGGCUGUCGUCUUCCUCCGCCCCACACGUGAAAAUAUCACGAAAAUGAAGAAAGAGCUGAAGUCCCCACGCUUCCAGUCAUACCACGUCUUCUUCUCGAACAUUCUUCAGGAGACGAUGCUGACAGACUUGGCUGAACAGGAUGCCAUGAAAGAGAUGAUUCAGCAAGUCCAGGAGUUCUACAGUGACUAUGUUGUUCUGGAUCCAUACCACUUUGUGGUACCCAUCCUGAAGUUGGACGUUAUCAUAAACCCUCGGAUGUCACGGCUGGAUGGGCAUCGCACACCUGCCAGUGAGCUGGAUGCCAUUGACAGACUCACGCAGGGCGUGUCUGCUCUGUUCUUGUCACUGAGAAGGCGCCCAGUGAUUCGUUACCAGAGUGGAUCAGAGCUGGCAACACGGUUGGCAAACAAUCUGUACAACCUGGUCUACAAUUAUGAGCGCGUUCAGUUCGACUUUGGCGUCAGGGGAGGCGAGACGCCGGCAGUGCUGCUGAUCUUGGAUCGCCGGGAUGACCCAGUCACCCCAUUGCUUACCCAAUGGACGUACCAGGCCAUGGUGCAUGAGCUCAUCGGAAUCUCUGACAACAAAGUCAGCCUUGGCAACAGGCCCAACGUGCACAAGGAUUUCAGGGACAUUACCCUGAGUGCCCUCCAUGAUGACUUCUUUCGGCAGCAUAUGCACUCCAACUACGGGGAUGUGGGGCUGGCAGUGAAGGAAGUGGUCGAGAAUUUCAAGGGGGAGUCGGACCAGACCCGCCAGAUAAGCUCAAUCGAGGACAUGAGACGCUUUGUAAUGCAGUACUCAGACUACAGCUCCAAACAAAAGAACGUCACCAAGCAUGUGAACCUAAUGAGCGUGAUUUCUGAGACCAUCGACAGAAGAGGGCUCAUGGAGACGUCAGAGGUUGAGCAAGAGCUGGCCUGUUCGGCCAGCCCCUCGGCGUCGGCCACCCAGGAUGCUGUCAUCAAGGUGCUGCAGAAUCCUGGGGCGUCGCAGAUGGACAAGCUGCGGCUCGUGAUGCUGUAUGCUCUUAGGUUUGAGUCUGACAGGGAGCGCAUGCACCAGCUUCUGUAUCGCCUCAACCUGGAGGGACUCGAUGAAACGACGAUCGAGGUGGUGCUUCAGGUCUUGAAGUAUGCGGGCAAGGCAAAGCGGAAGGGGGAUCUGUAUGGUACCCGGACGAUGUUUUCAAGGGCUAAGAAGAUGGCGAAGGCGCUGAAGGGCGUUGAAAACGUGUACACGCAGCACACGCCCCUUGUCUCAGAGACGUUGAGCCUGCUUGCAAGCAAUGACUUGCCUGCCAACUCUUAUCCCUAUGCGAGCGAGGCUGGGGACGAAUUGUCGCAUUGGCAGGCGCAGUACAAAAAGUCCCCACCGAAGGAGGCCAUCGUCUUCAUCAUUGGCGGCACGACGUACGAGGAGGCACGGGCGGUCGCCGAGUUCAACGAGCGGCCCGAUGCACCCAUGCGGGUGGUUCUCGGUGGCUCCGGGCUGCUGAAUUCCCAGACCUUCAUUGAUGUGCUCAGGAGCACCAUCAGCGCGAAGGAUAAGGCUGCAGGGUCCGCGCUAGAAAUCCUGAGAUGA